UAUUGACAUGCAAACAUGUUGCGAUACUAUGCUGUAUCAUUACUUCCUGUUGACUACACAUUAUGUGAUAAAAUUGGUUGCAUUCAGUUCAUACUGUCUUGGUACAUUUAUAGUUUAUGUACUCCAAAUAAUCUACAUAAUCAUCUGAGAACUCGUCCCCCCAAUUUUUUGAUUAUUCAGAGGAAAUUAGAUUUUAGGUCACAUUAUAAGAUUUAUUCCCUUUUCCCAUCUGAAGAAACCCCGGGGUUGGUGAACAUAGGUUUGGUAAAGACGUGUUCUGGCGGCUCGGCCGUGCUCCCCUGCUUCCCACACGGGGAGGCCUUGGUUGUGGAGGGGGUGAGUCUGAAGCGGCAAAGGGGCCGGGAACCUGUGGAGGUGUUGUACCACUCAAAGCGUCACCACAGUGGCAGCACCCCAUCCUCCUCCUCCUCCCACUUCCCUGUUGAGAGGGUCCAGCUGUCCUCGGCGCCCGGUCCCAACGGCAUCACCUACAACCUCACCCUGAGGCAGCUGCAGGCGGAUGACAGCGCCCUUUACAGCUGCCAGCUGCUCGUGCACGGCGGGUCCGACUCCAGCACCAGUCUAGGGAGACAAGUGUUCUUUGUUUCUGUGCAAGGAGGUCAGUGCGGCUGCUCCAACUACUCCACUCUGCUAUAUGCUUUGUCCUCAGCUGUGGUCAUUCUCCUCCUCCUCCUCCUCCUUGGAUUCGUGGUGAUUUAUAAAGGCAAAGCACGCCGCAGUGUCAAGUCACACCCUCAGGCCCCAAUCUAUGAGGAGAUGACCGGGGUGCAGCCCGUCUGUCGGAAGCUGGCCCCCAACCAUCUGGAGGAAAUGGAGUUCUCUGAGUACAGAAACUGCCCUGUGAAGAAAUCCUGUCCUGAAAACCAUUAUGAAAGUCCCAGAGGUGCCCUUAACCCCCAAACUUAAUAUCAGAAAUGACCAUGUCACCAGCAUCAUGAACCAGACCAACUUAUUGUCUUAGCCGCCUGAAACUCACUAGACUCCAAUUAACUCACUUUAAUUACCACUCGGACAUUCUUCCAACACAUUUUAAAAGCUAAGAUUCGCCUGGCACGGUCUUAUCUCUUGGGUUGGACAUUAGUAGUUUAAAAAAGUGUAUAUUGUGGCAUUACCUUUAGAACCAUUGUAAACAUUGACUAAAAAAAUUAAAGGUAUCCUUUUUUGAAACAAA